UAAGUCCACUCAUUUCUAGUGUAUCACUCUUACUUGAUGUGUUGAAUUCUUUCAAAAUGAGUUCCGGAAAAUGGGAGAACAAUGAGGAAAUUAAAAUUUUCCGGGAAUACCUACGCAUUUCAUCCGUACACCCGGAUAUUGAUUAUACUUCUUGCGUAAAGUUUAUCAAGCGGCAGGCUGAUUCCCUCAAUCUUCCCGUCGAAGUAGUUUAUCCAGCUAUUAAAUCAAAGCCUGUGGUAAUCAUCAAGUGGGCGGGAAUACACCCGGAGCUCCCCUCAAUAAACCUGAACUCGCACAUGGAUGUGGUUCCCGUGUUUUCGGAAAGGUGGACUCAUGAACCCUUUUCAUCCGAUAUAGAUGAGGAGGGAAGGAUCUUCGCGCGGGGUACUCAGGAUAUGAAAUCUGUGGGCACCCAGUAUCUAGGGGCUAUUCGCCUUCUAAAGGCUGGUGGCUUCCAGCCUAAACGGACAGUUUACGUGACCUUUGUGCCCGACGAGGAGAUUGGAAGUACCCUUGGCAUGGAAGCGUUUGUUAAAACCGACUUUUACAAAAAAAUGAAUGUGGGAUUCGGCUUGGAUGAGGGAGGCACCAGUGCCACUGAUGUCCAUUAUUUGUUCUACGCCGAACGUAUUCGCUGGGUUUUGCAUCUAAAAGUGGGCGUGUCUGGACAUGGUUCCCUAUUGCUGCCCGAUACUGCCGGAGUAAAGCUCAACUAUGUGCUAAACAAACUGUCAGAGUUCCGGAAUUCACAAAUCCAGCGACUGAAAAACGACAAGAGCAUCAACCUCGGUGAUGUGACCACCGUAAAUCUCACCCAGUUGAGUGGUGGAGUGCAGAGCAAUGUGGUUCCUCCGCUCCUUGAGGCCAUCUUCGAUAUGCGUCUGCCCAUAACCCUAGAUUUGGUUGCCUUCGAGAAGCAAAUCCGUGACUGGUGUGAGGAGGCAGGUGGUGGCAUUGAGAUCGAGUUCCCCCAGAAAGAUACCUAUGUGGCCCCCACCAAACUGGAUGAUUCCAAUCCCUAUUGGCUAGCUUUAAAAGCCGCUAUAGAUGAACUUGGCUUGAAAAUAAAACCGAUUGUGUGCUUUGGAGCCACUGAUUGCCGUUUUAUUCGCCAACAGGGAACCCCAGCAAUUGGUUUCUCACCCAUCAUAAAUACUCCCGUACUGAUCCACGACCAUGAUGAGUUUUUGAAGGCUGAUGAUUACUUAAACGGCAUUGAAGUUUACAAAAAGAUUAUUCCGAAUCUAACCGAAGUCUAGCCAACGUCUUCCCAAAACAUCUUUUUUUAAAUAGGAAUAUACUGAUUUACCUAUCUUAUCUUAAGUGGAUACAGCUUUGCGAUACAUCAUCUAAGAGGCAUGCAAUAUACCGAAUGUCCUACGUAUAUAAAGAUAAAUAUAUGAAGAUAAAAAUGUCUGAUCAGAGCAAUUUGUUUAACCUAACACCAAAAUGGUAUUUGAGUAGAUAUGAAAGAGGUUUCAAAUAAAAAUAAAAAAUCAAGACAUAAAUGAACUCAA